GGAAGUUAUGUUUGUUCAGAGUUUUAUGACUAACAGUAUUUUAUAACACUGCAAACCACGUUAAGCUUGCAUUAACAGCGUUAUUGUAGACACAUAAAACUUCAUCACAUUUGUUUUGCUGUAUUAUAGAACCCACCUGUUUAAGUUUAAUAUACAAUUCAUAUAAUCAAUGACUUUAUGAUAUCUACUUACUGACCGCUCCAGUCCUCCGUCAUCGGUCAAGGUCGUAUAGCAAAUCUAGGGUCCGCCACCGGACAUGUGUUCGACGGUCAAUAUGCAACUAUGUCAAUUGUAUGCGCUUUACACCCACCGAAACGUUCAAUUUCUCUAAAAGUGUUAAUUAUGUAACGUAUGUGUGUCCGAAAAAUGAUUAUUGUUCGAUUGACUGAAACGCAACUGAUGGACGGGCACUGGCAUAAUGCACUGAAGGUACAUCGCUUGUGUUUAUAUCUCACGUACUAAGUUAUAAUGUACUGCGUUUAUUCAGCCCGGCCUGGUUCGUCACCAAUCAUGUACCGCUAUUUUCGGACAUAUAUUUCAAUAUAAUUAAAUAAUUUGUGUCGUCUAGAGCGGGGUGGAUAUCAUCCAUCCCUUUAUAAACUCGAACAAUAAUUUCAUUGCUAUCAAAGUAGUUUCAAACAUCCAAGUGGAAAUCAGUAUUUCUAUCCUAUAGUCAACGCAACAAAGUGUACCAAAAGAAAAGAAUGGCUACCUUCAAGAUUGUGUUCGUUGCCGUUUGCUUGAUCGGAGUGAGUAAAGCCGGAGUUCUGCUGCCAGCUGCUCGAUUCGCUGCUGCACCCGUUGCCGCUCUAGCACCAGCAGUUCCAGCAGUUGCAGCAGUCAACACUAACUACGACCCACUGCCACAGUAUACCUACGCGUACAAUGUUCAGGACGCUUUGACCGGCGAUAAUAAGAGCCAGCAAGAAACUCGAGAUGGAGAUGUUGUGAAGGGCUCUUACUCGCUGGUUGAACCCGAUGGCACUGUGCGCACCGUGAUCUACACUGCCGAUCCAAUCAACGGCUUCAACGCAAUCGUUCAGCGUGGCCCAUUGGUACACAAGGCACUGGUGCCAGUUGCACCGGUGGCCAAGGUGUUCGGUUGAAUUCCGUUUGACCGUUCUGUUUUGUUGCAUUGCUCACCUAUAGAAUCAUAGACUGAUGUUAGCUCAACCAUCAAUUAUCGUGCUAUUACUGCUAUUACUAGUUGUUAAUCAAUAAAAUAAAAUAAUACACAUGAAA